CGCUUUCGCAGGAACUCAGGCGCAAAGCUUUCCUCUACGACGCACAGACGGAAUCCAGUAGUUUGGUCCGAAAUUCUUUGUUGACAUCGGUCUAAUCCGCAUAAUAACAACUCGCCUACAGAUCCUUAAAUGAGUUGUUCAAAUUUGAGUCGUAUUUUCAGGCGUCAAAAAUCCAGUUUGUCAGAUUUGCAUAGUCUUCACGAGUCCUCUUCACUGUAUUUUCACUAGCUUCAAGUAGUUUGUCUUUGGCCUAAUAGCGAAUUUCUGCAUCUGCCAUCAUUCUCCACUAUUUCAAGAGUGAAAAAGUAGGAAAGUUCCAGAGCUUUGGGACCUGAUUCUUUGAACAGGACAAGUGCAGCACUUCGACCAGAGCAGUUCGACUUUGCACUAUUACAUUGGAUUUGCCAUCAAAAACUGAAUGACGAUGCGAUUGCGGCAGCGGCUUUUGCUGGUUGCAUUGGUUGCGUUUGAUGUUGGGCCCGUGAUCCAAUGGCAGCACUUCUUUUCGCCAGUCGCCGGGGCGCUGGUCACGGCAGAGAAACCGGGUAACAUUCAAGAACGCAAGCUGUGCCCUCUUCGUUGGCCGCAAGAACGAGAACUACCGCGAGUACCAAAACGCAUUGACAUGCUUCGUCGGGAUGUGACUGUGGCCCUCCGACCCUUUCCAGCCGAAAUGUUGAAAGAUGAGCCAGGCGUCCGGGGGGGAACAGUGACCGCGUCCUCCUCGGGAUUGCCAUCGUUUGAGCUUUUCACGCAACAAUGGUACAACAUCGCGAGACGGUCGGUGGAGUUAUUCCACGGAAAUUUCGCGCGGUACAACAAGACUCUUGUUCAGAGUCAACGCAGUAAGUCGCCGGCGCGGAGGGCGCGGGCGAAAGCCCGUGUGUCCCGGUCGCCGCGCAACAAGACGAACAAAAAAAGCAAGGGCCGGGUGUCCCGGUCGCCGCGCAGCAAGAGGGACGAAAAGCGUGACGCGGUGCGUGCGCCGGAGCCGCGGAUUGAUGAGGAGGUUGAUGUCGAGUCUGACAUGGAGCUCGCUGACGAGUGGCUGGAGCAGUGGAUGUCUUUCCAGCGUUUCCAGAGUCUUCGGGAACUUGGGGCGAAGCGGGAGCAGUCGAAAAGUAGCUGGGAAGCUGUGACACCCGACGGGGAGCCGGCCAAGCAGCAAAAUAUGUUUUUUGCUGCAAAAAGUAUUAAAAUAAAUGAAAUCCGUGGGGCCGAAGAAAAGGAAGAGAAAGUCAUGCGAGCGGAGUUUGCGAAGAAGCUUAAACGGGCGGUAGAGAAAGCUCGAGAGUACGCGGUGGACGACGUCUCAGUCUCUGCUGGAGCUUUGGCGGGACUGCGGGGAAGCGGAUCCUCGAUCGCGGGAGAGGGAAGGGGGGGUCCUCGAGUCAACGCUGAGGAUGCAGCACGGUCCCUCGCCGUGACGUUCUGGAUGGCCGAAGCCAUGUGGCGCCACUACGCGUUGCACUACACGGCGACACACCCGUACGCGCCCAUUGCUGAGGAAAUGGGAAAAGGUGGCCCCUAUCAAAAUGAAAAAUCCCCCCUACCCAUAUCAAAGCGGAAACCUGUGAUGCGGGAUUUUGUUCGUACACAAGUCAACUUUGUUUUGCAGUAGAGAACUGCGCGCAGAUCGUAGCCGUAGGCCUAGGCAGGGGCCUUUCGGUGUAGGCGUCUAGCAUGGCAGACGUCUCACCUGUUGUAGGCCUUACAACAUUGCAAGCCGCCCACAUACCGCGGCGGACUCUGUGAGCUUGCCUGCUUGCAAUACAGACAGGAUUUGUCGUGACAAAUCUGCGGCGGAAAUUUUCAGAAACAUGCGCGUUCCACUAUGGGGCGGGGAGAUAUUUCCUCGCAAUAGCAAUACCUCUUCUCAGCAGGAGAAGUCCGUGCUUCAUCCGGAUAUGCUCCUUCCGAAAAUCACGGCGCUGCUUUUUGAGUUGUUUCGCCCGCAACUGGAGGCGAGGGUCGCACGAAAGGAAGCGGGCAGACGAAUGCGGGAACGACAAACAAAAACUGACACGUUGAGCACGCAGCAGCAGCAGGGGCAGAGGGCAGGAGGAAGACGUCUGUUGUUUCCGCGGCCUUUUCUGCUGUACCUAGGCGGGGACGGCUUCGGCAGCCUUCCUCGGGAGGAACAGGACUGGGGGGGAUUUGACUUCCGCGGCGCGGCGGUCUAUGUAAUACCGGAGGCAGUAUUCGCUGGAGGGUCUGCGCCGAGGAUAGUACGCGGAGGCGUAGCGAGUGGCGCCGGCGCAGAAGAAGAAGAACGCGCCGUGCUGGUUCCGCUGCGGAUGCAGCCUCAUGUUGAAGCUCCGUCCGCCCAGGCCAACGCACACGUGUUAACUCCCCUCCCGGAAGGCCUUUUUGCGAAAGUGGAAAUGCCGAACCCGGCCCCGCUCACAGUAGGUAGCAGUUCCCUUUUUUCCUCAUCUACCUCGUCGCGAAAAUGUCUUUACGGGUUGUCUACCACUGCAUCUUCUCCCGCCGCGUCCCUCUCUGAGCGAGCUCCUGCACGAAAAAGCCCCGGAAAGGUGCGGCAGCGUGAGGUGUUAACUGGGAGCUCGCUUGUGGUGCAUUUGGUGCGGCCGAUGUACUAUUUGCAGCAGAUCGCGCGGUCACAUCUGAUCGAGAAAGGAAAGCUUCCCUGGUCGGGCCUCCAGGGAAAGUUCAAUUUGACGGUGCACGCGCAAACCCUGAUCCUCCUCGAUAAAAUUCUUGACGAGGAAGAUCUGCAGUCGCAGAUCGACUAUCACAGGCAAAUAUGUCUCCGUCUGGAAAGACGCAGCAAAAUCGUGUUGCUGAGUGUUGCAUGACACAGCGAUCUUUUGUUUGGCGUCCGUGCAUCACAAACUUUUCGGAUGGUAUUGGGGGUUCUACAAUUUUUUGCAUGAAAAUAAACCGCCUUUCAGCACGACAAAUACAGAGCUUGCUAAAAAUUCUUUUGCUCUAGGUCAACUUUCGCGUCACAAAUCCAGACCGAGACAUAAUGGUUGCAAUUGAUAUCGACGCGGAGGCGGUUUUAGAGCGGUUAGCGAAGACGUGCUUCGUCGGGAUGGGGUUGGACGUGGACGACCAGGAGGUGGAGGGAGGUCAAGAAGAUGGUGUCAAGUUGUCGCUUAUUCUGAGUAUAAAUGUUCCCACCCCAUAGUCAAGUUGGUAAAUCUGCAACACAAGUCUCCAACUCGUGGGAGUUAUGCAUGACCAGUUUCCAUCUGCACCUGCAGCGUAGUGCUACUCAGCAACGACAACCGCACGACAAAGACUUCGCUUAUCCUGUUCACAGCACUGCAAAUCCCAGAACACAGCGUGCCAAUUUCUCUUUAUAUUCGGAUGUGCAUUGCAGAUGUUUGUGUAGACGCAGAUCUGCGCGACAGCUAUGGGGUGGCGGGGACGUUUUUCUCCAGGAUAUCGCCGGCCGCUUCGUCAAAGAGUCGUGAAAGAUUCACCGAGUUCAUGGAGACGGUAAAGCGCGCUCUUCUUUCUCCGCUGCCUUGGAUCCCCAAGGGGAGCGACAAGAUGACCGAAGAAGAAAAAUACCGCUGGCUGCAGCAACUGACAAAAGAAGACAUUUUUGUUUCUGUCGUGAUGGAGCACAAUGGCAUUGCGUCGUCGUCGUCGUUGGGCCAAGAUUUUGAGGAAAAAGUUGCCAUUUUGCCGCAUGAUGACGAACGGACGGCUUUUUUCGCGCAGGGUCUGGCUCGAUCGGCAUCCUCUACUUCCUACUCUUUUGCAACGACUCCUCUAGUUCCAGGUCCGCAUCCUCUAAUUCCAGGCGUGGCUGCUACGACUCCUGCUGUUGAAGAUGGUCGUCGUCUACAGACAAAACAAGACAUUGCCAAGAUCCUCGCGACGCGAGACAUGAUAUCGUCCGGGCUGGCCACAGUUGCACUGCCGCUGGCGUUAUCAACUGCAAGUAUGUUUGGGUCCUCUGGAGGAAUGCAAGACUUUUCAUGCAUCUCGCGGACCACGUGCAAUGGGUGGUCCGGAAUGCACCCACAAGCAUCACAGAAUUUGUCAGACCUCCCUCGUGCUUAUCCUGCAUGAGACGUGCGCCUUUUGGCCUACCAAGAAGUGGGUAGUUUUUGGUGUGCAUGCAAACUAAUAACAGGUCCCAAAUGGAAAUUAUGGAAGUGGACCGCUCCGGAACUAAUUAUGUAGCGAAUAACAGUUCCCAAGUGGUGGAAUUGUUUCUUGGGAGUUACGGACAUCGACCAGAAGCUCCUAUCACUCUAGUUUUUAUAAGAUAAAUAUAUAAAGAUGGCUCGCGCAAGGCAGAUUUUCAUUUUUUUGGAAAGCGAGACUUUGCAUAUGCAUGACAAGUUGCAACCUUCCAGAGGAGCCAAACGUAUUUGCAUUUGAUAGGCACUUCCGACUGGGGAGGACGACGAGGACGAAAAGUGGGACACCGUGAUUCUAAAGAAUCUCCUGCUCGAUGCGAGUACUACCACAGCGGCUCGUGAAGCAGGCGAACAUCAAACUGGAGAUGAUACUACAGGAAGCGAACUAGGUACUAGUGCCCCUGCUUUCUUUCCCUUUGACAGCGAAGACCAGUUGCGAGAAUACAUGGGGGAAAAGCUGGACGAGGAGAUCGAAACUCUGAGGGAUGUUGAAAUGGAAGAUGCGCAAGUCGAGGAGAUGUUGUCGUCUUCUACCUCGUAUCAAAUGCAAAUAUGUCUGGGUCUGGUAGGUUGCAAGACUUGCCACGCUAAGUUUGGACCGCGCAAAAAUCUGUGUUGCGUGAUUGCCAAAAGCGGUUCAAUUUUGACCACGUUGGUGUUGGGAGGCAGUUUCUUACGCGACGAGAAGAUAAGCAUGAUAGAAAUCUCACAGAAUCUGUCGUGCUAGGUUCUUCAUUCUAGACCCCACGGGUCAUAGAAUACGUGCAUGGCAAUCACCUGCUCUCUGCCAGACCCAGACACAUUUGCAGUGCAUACCUCGUCGCCCACAGUGGCAGAAGUCCAUGUCGACGACGACCUGGCCACGCGACUUGCGAAGAUGAAUGUCGGCACGAACGGUAAUGGAAAAAAGUGUAGUAGGGGACAAGCUUCUAUGGAGUUUGGUUCAGGUUCUGCUCUUCUAGCAGGUCCUCGUGGGUCAACAGCAACAGCUGGUGCUAUGUCUAGUACUCGCGGAACAAGUACGUCGCAUCUGCUCGCGGCCUACUUCCCGAACGGGGAGCUCACUUUUUCAGACGCGCGCGCACCGCACGUGUUGGAUCCGUCUGUUGAACGGCUGGAAGAAGAAAGCGCAGCAUUUCUCGCGGCAGCGAGUGUCGAGGAGCGCGUGAGGCUUGAUAGAGUUCGGAAAAACGACCGCGAGGCCCUGCUGCAAUGGCAAUCGAAGUGGCACGAACAAGCACGGUCGGAGGCGGUUGCUGGCGAAAGAAGUGCAAUCUAUGGGAACCAGAUGAAGCCGACUCAGCAGCGACGGAAGAAACGCGGUGGUCGUAAACAAGCUACUUCUCGAUCUCCUUCUCCUACCACGCGCCGGCAGGCGAAAAGAAGUGAAGGAAAAGAAGGAGAUGAGGAAAGUAGGCGGAAAGAGGCCGAGCGCCGGGCGGCGUUGCUCGCGGCAAAAAAGCAGAAGGUCGUGAACGAUCUCACGCGAAAGUUGGGGAAGUUCCGGUUGGUGCUGAGGGAACUGCGCAAAACGGCGGGGAUUUUGGAGGGGGGAGUGCGGGCAAACUGGCAAGGUUCCCACAUCAAGAUGCAUGCGGAGGGGGGAGGCGCGUGGACACUUCGGGUCCCGCACGGACAGGGAAGCCACCGAUGAGAGAUAUGAGAGAGGCAGGAAGAUGCUGAGAGGCAAGAGAAUCUUGGGGAGUAUUACAGAAGGUGGCGAUGAAAACGUGGGAGGUUGAACGGCGGAGAAAAUAAAAGCCGUUGGGGUCGUCACCAUUGACAACAAUGUUUACUCGCUAUUUGUCAAACAGGCUGUAUUUCUAGUCAAAGUAGUGGCGCUAUUUGAACGAAAUCAAUCUGAAAAUCUCGAGUCCCCUCAUAUUUACAAACAGUAUGCAUUUGACGUGAAGCUGAAAAAUAAUGGUCGUGAAACACCAGCUCCUAUGUCCAAUCAAUCACGGUGUACGUACUUGAAACUGCCUCUAUGUCCAAUCGAAAUUAUGUACCCAGACCUACAAUGAGAAUGAGUAGCGCCGUACUUCUCUCGCCUAAUUCAAAGUCGACUGGUUCUACGUGUAGGAUUGAAGCUGAAAGAUCUCUACUUGGUUCAGCCCGUAAAAAAAGCGAAGAAGUAGUGCCGAAAAGAACUCAAAACCAAGCAUAAAAGUCGUCUAUUUUCCAUGUGGUUUCGCGCGUGUAUAAUUUUGGAAAUUUAAAAAGAAAAGCGAAGCCCCAAGGCAUGUGAGACGAUGAUGGCAACGAGGCUGCGGCUCCCGCCCGUAGUUC